AUGAGUUAAUAAGAAAUUGAAUGUAGUACAGAUUGUAAAGCAAUUGGGCUUACUAAUGAAAAAAAAGAGAAAAUUCAAAAUAGAAUAACUAUUGAUUAGAUGCCAAAUGUACUAAAUAUUUAUUUGAUUUUAUUUAGAAAGGAUUACCUAAUUGCCAUUGCCAACUUUCAAAAGAUCAUAAAUCAAAAAAAUGUCAAAGUAUGGCAAAAUGUAAAUAUUAAUUGACAAAUGAGUUAAGUUAAUUGAUAGAUAUCACUUUAUACAAAUAUUUAAAUGAAAUAAGCAAUAGUGACACUAGUAUUGAAGCUACUGCUUAUAAAAAAAUAAUUCAUUGCAUAAGAGAUUUUAAUUCAAUGAAAGAUAAUAAUGAUGAGUUUAGAUUGAAGCUUAAAUUAAUCAAUAAAGACUAAGAAAUAGAAGCUUAAGACAAAGAUUAAGAACCACUAGAAGAAAGUUAUCCAAAACUUGCAGCAGAGUUAAAAGAAUCUCCUUAAGAUUUUAAGAAUGGUCAUUUUAUUAGAAUUGCAAUUUGCCUAUAAGAAUAAAUAGAUUAGGUAUUAUUCUUAAAAUAAAUUAGAUUCUUGAUGGUGAAGAAACUUUUUUUUUUUUUUUUUUCAAAUAAGGACUUGAUUGCUCAAUAUAAAAAUCUAUUUAAUUUUUACAAAGAGCAAAUUAAAGAGAGAUUGAGUGUUAAUGGGAUUAAUCUUAGGGUAGUACAAGUGUAUCAAAACUAAAAAGUGAUACCUAUAAAAUAAGCUUAAUUUCUAUUCAAAAAAAUUAAUUGGAUUUUGAACCUUUAAAGAAAGAAAAUCUAUAAUUUUUAAACUUUUAUUAAGAUGAAUGCUAAGGUCAAAUAUAUAACAAGAUUAAUACAAGUAAUAUAAAUUAUAAUAUUCCAAUUGAAAAUUCUUUGGAAUCAUUAAAAGUGGCUUUAAAGUUUUUUUUAAAAGAAAAAUUAAAAGAAUUCAAACCACACAUAAUAAUUUUUUUUUUUGAAAUUUCAAAUACAUUAAUCAAAGAUCCACAAAUAUUUUAUCAAUUAGUUAAAUCAUUUCAUAAAAUAUCUUAAGGAAGAUUAAUAAUAAUACCUUAAAUUGAUCAACAAUUUUAAUUUAGCAAAAGCGAAAUAAUUUAAUUGUAUAUCAAUUGCACUAAUAAUUGUUUUUUGGGAUGUUUAAAAAAUUAACAUACUUAAAAAUUAGAUUAAUCUAGCUUGAUAUAAUAUUAUGAAAGAUUAUAUCCUUACUUUAUUGAAGCAAAUAAUCAAUUAAAAAAAUAAUAUUAUCGAAAUUAAUUAAAAUCACUUUAAAUUCAAUAAUAAAAAUAAGUUGAAAAAUAAUCUAGAUAAAAUCUACACAAAGAAUUUCCUCUAAUUGACAAAGAUGGAAAUUUAGUACUAUUAGAUAUAGGUUAAGAAAUUGACAUUACUAAAAUUUAGUAUUUUGUUGAAUACGAUUAAAAUCAAAAUGGAGAAUAUAAUGGAUUUAUAAUAUUAAUAGAAAACAAAAGAAUUUAAGUAAUUUUUUUUUCAGAGUAAAAUCCGUUAGUUUAAUCCAAAAAUUAAAAAUUCUCAAUUGUAAAAAAAUAGCAAAUUUCUUUACCUUAAAAUAAAAAUGGUGUUUAUUUCUUUGAUAAAGAAUUAAAUAUCUUAAUUUAUUUCUUUGGUUAUUCUGAAACUGAUGAAUUUUGUAGUGAUAUUUAAUUUAUAGAGAUCUCAAAUUAAAUAAUUGAAUGGUAAAUAGUGAAAUAUUAAUAAUCUAAAAAAAAAGUAGAAGAUGGUACUUAUACUAACUUUUAAUAAAUUAUAAACCUUAUCAAAUACAGAUCAUAAUUUUCUGUUACAAAAAAUAGGAUUGAUGGCUUUAGUAGUUAGGAUAAUUCUUAUGUAUGUAUAGGAGGGACCUAUUAUAAUGAUGAGUGCAAUUAUGGGUGCAUUAUAUAGGAAGUAGUUAUUGAAUUUAAAUAAAAAGUUUAUAAUACUAAAAUAGUAGAGAAAUCAAAAAUUGAUAAAUUUUACAAAGAAUGUCCAAAUCCCUUAUUAAUUAGGAUGAACGAGGCAUUUGUAUUAUAUUUUGAAAAAAAUGGACCUUUCAAUAUUAAUAAUUGCAAUCCUUCUAUAACAAAAUUAUGUUUUUGGAAAUCCAGGUAACAUUUAAUUCAAAAUAUAAAAAUAAAUUUUAAGGAUAAUAAAACUUCUCAUUGGUUAUUGCAGCUCAACCAAUAAUUAUCCUCUAAUCAAAAAAAUAUACGAAUGUGUCAUGUACAGUAAGCAGUUGAAAAUUUAUUGAGUUUUCGAAUACUUGUAGAAGAAUAGUUUGUUCAAAAAUAACCCUUAUAUAAUGAAAACAAACUUACAUUAAGGAAAUUCUUUAUUUUAACAAUCUCUUUUUUUUCAUUAAAAAAUGAAAUUCUAAUAGAUUGCAAAUAAUUUUAAAUGAAUUCUCAUAUUUAACUGAAAACAAUAAAUGAUUUAUAAAGGGAAGAAAAAUAGGAGUUAUAUUAAAAUGUAAAAAUUUUGAAAAAUUUAGUCAGUUGAAAAUUUAAAAAAUACUUUCAUUUUCCAUUAUAAAGAAUAUGAUCACUAAUAUAUCUUGUGCUAUAUUAAUGAGACAAAAAAAGUAGAGUUUAAAAGAUUUGUUUUUUAUGAUCCUAAAACAUAAGAUAAUGAUGACUUUAGAGAUUACUAAGAACUUAUUUAUUAAGAUUGGGCAUUCUCUAAAUUAUAUUUAAUAAGGAAAUAAAUAACAUUAACUGAGUGUUAAUUAAGAAUAUAUGAAUGGUAAUAAAUUAUAAUAAUUUUUAGUCACCAUAUAAAUUUUAUAGAUAUUAAAGAUUCCUAAGAUGAUAUAUUACACCAAGUUCAUAUUCAUUAGAUUUAUAUGAUUUCCGAUUUCAAAAGUACAUAUUAAUUACUUGGGUGUCAUGUUGAAAUUAAAAAUGAUGAUACUUUUGAAGCAAUAGUAUUAACAAAUAAAAAUUAUUAUCAAAUAGUUAAUCAAAAAAAAGCAAUUACUCAUACAAACAAAAAACAUAACAAACCUUUAAAUGUAAAUGCAUAAUAGAAAUUUUAUUUUAUAAAAUUCAAGUCUUCAUAUUAUCUUUUUUACAAAAAAUUAUAAUUUUAAUAAGCAAGCGUUAAUAAAGUAUCUUAAAACAUUAUUGAAAUCAAAUAUUUGUUUUUGGAUUCAAAUUUGUAAGUUUUAAUUGGAAAUACAAUAUUAUGUUCAUUAAAUGAAAAUUUACCAAUAUUUGGACCUUUAGAUGGUUUAAUAAAUACCAUUAAAUCAUAAGAUAAUCUGAUGGAAAUUCAAAUUUUGAUUAACUAAAACACACUAAUAUUUAAAUCAUCGAUAAUAUGUAGAGUUAAUUAAGAAACAAAUUAAUUAGAUUAGCUUAAUGUGAAUUCAUAAAUUCCUUCUAAGAACGAAGGAUUCAAUAUGUUUCCUUUAAUCUAAUCAAAUAGAAAGAAAGGAGAUUACAUAGUUAAAUAGUCUAAGGAUCAUUCUAAAAUUUGUUGUGAAUGA